CUGUUGUUUGUUGUUUGCGUGUCGACCAAGGGAAAAAGGGUAGACAGACAAGAAAGACAGCAACCAUGAAGAUUAUCGAACUCAUUAUCGAUGGGUUCAAGUCCUACAGUCAGAGAACCGUCAUUUCUGGCUGGGACCAGAGUUUCAAUGCUGUUACUGGCCUGAACGGUUCGGGAAAGUCGAAUAUUCUUGACUCAAUAUGUUUUGUCCUGGGUAUCACGAACAUGUCCACUGUACGAGCGCAGAACCUUCAAGACCUCAUCUACAAGCGCGGUCAAGCCGGUGUUACCAAGGCCAGCGUGACCAUUGUGUUCGACAACAGCGACAAGAGUACGAGUCCGAUCGGGUUCGAAGAGUAUGGACAAAUCAGCGUAACUCGACAAAUCGUCAUGGGUGGAACGAGUAAAUAUCUCAUCAAUGGACAUCGAGCACAACAAACGACCGUCCAGAACCUUUUUCAGAGUGUCGGUCUAAACAUCAACAACCCGAACUUCAUCAUUAUGCAAGGUCGAAUCACAAAGGUCCUAAAUAUGAAGGCGGCGGAAAUAUUGGCCAUGAUCGAAGAGGCUGCUGGUACGCGAAUGUUUGAGGAUCGAAAAGAAAAGGCGCAGAAAACCAUGGCCAAGAAAGAAAUGAAAGUCGUUGAAAUUGAGGGUUUGUUGAGAGAAGAGAUUGAACCUAAACUCGACAAACUUCGUGGUGAAAAACGAGCGUGGCUAGAUUACCAGAAAACACAGAGUGAACUGGAACGACUGACGCGUGUUGUGGUUGCGGCAGACUAUGUUCGCGCCGGUGACAAGAUGAAGUCUGCCAACGAAGAACACGAAACAAAGCGAGCCAAAGUUCAACACCUUGAAGAAAAUGCCAUCAAGCUUAAGCGCGAAAUUGAAAACCUGGAUGAAGACGCACAGAGAGUUCGGUCGGUCCGAGAAAAGGAGAUGCGUAAAGGUGGCCGGUUCCAAGAGCUUGAGAAUCAGGUCAAGGAACUCAGUCAUGAACUCGUACGACUGUCAACUGUUCUGGAUUUGAAGCAGUCGAGUGUGGCAGAAGAAGAGCAGCGAAAGAAGGACAUUGCCAAGAACGUCAAGAACCUGGAAAAACAGGUCGCUGACAAGAAGAAGAGCUUGGAGAAGCUCCAAUCCAAGUGGGACGGCGCAAAAUCCGAACUCGACGCACAACAUGCCGAAGUUGAAAAGAAGGAAGAGCUUUUAUCGACGCUACAGACGGGUGUCGCGUCUCGAGAAGGACAAGAAAGUGGUUACCAAGGGCAACUUUCAGAAGCACGAAACCGUCUGACGACAGCCGGUACUGAACAAGAACAAGCGAAACUAAAAAUCUCACAUCUCGAAAAGCGCAUCAAGGAGGAUGAGCCUCGAGCGAAGAAGGCGAGGGAACAAAAUGCUGGCCUGCUGAAAGACCUGGAGGUUCUACGAAAGCAGGCCCAGAAACUCGAAGCUGAUCUACAGAAAAUGGGUUUCGACCCUGGCAGGGAAGAAGCUAUGCGAGAGCGAGAGGUUGCACUUCAGAAGAGCAUCAGGAAUCUGUCUCAAGAGGCGGAUGGGCUCAAGAGGAAGGUUGCCAAUGUUGAUUUCCACUUCAGUGAUCCUUCGCCCAACUUCGAUCGAUCUAGAGUCAAAGGUCUUGUUGCUCAACUCUUUACGUUGGACAAAGACAAGUCAAUGGCUGGGACCGCCCUGGAGAUUUGUGCUGGCGGAAGGCUCUACAACGUUGUCGUCGACACAGCCGAGACAGGUACACAGCUGCUGCAGAACGGGAAGCUCAAGAAGAGAGUCACAAUCAUUCCGCUGAACAAAAUCUCUGCUUUCAAAGCAUCAGCGGCAAAGGUUGGCGCUGCGCAACGAAUCGCGCCUGGAAAGGUUGACUUGGCUUUGUCAUUGAUCGGAUUUGACGAUGAAGUUUCGGCUGCUAUGGAUUAUGUCUUUGGCACGACACUUAUAUGCCAGGAUGCAGACACCGCUAAGAGAGUCACAUUUGACCCAGCUGUUCGGCUGAAGAGCGUUACGCUCGAGGGCGACGUGUAUGACCCAUCCGGCACCUUGUCUGGUGGCAGCUCGCCCAAUUCAAGUGGCGUUCUUGUCAUUCUUCAAAAAUUGAACGAAGUCACAAAAGAGCUUGAAAAACAUCAGGCUGAGCUACGAGAACUUCAGGAGACCAUGAGGAAUGAACAAGCCAAAUUAGCCAGCAUCAAGACCGUCAAGGAGGAGCUCGACCUGAAGACGCACGAAAUUAAACUUGCCGAGGAGCAAAUUUCUGGUAACUCGUCGUCUUCCAUCAUACAGGCCAUUGAGGAAAUGAAAGCUUCAAUCUCGCAGUUGAAGCAAGACAUGUCUACUGCGAGGACAAGACAAGAAGAGGCGGCCAAAGACGUCAAGCGGAUCGAGAGAGAUAUGGAGGACUUUAGCAAGAACAAAGACAGUAAACUGAAGGAGCUUGAAAAAUCCUUGGUAGAGUUGAAGAAGUCUCUAACCAAAACACAAGGAGCCAUCAAAGCACUUCAGAGGGAACUGCAAGAUGUCAGGAUCGACUGUGAACAAGCUGAGAGUGAUCUGAGUGCUGCCGAAGAACAGAUGGUCGAGGUGACCAACGCCAUUGAAGUACAAAAACAAGAGCUCAACACACUGCGAGAAGAAGAGGCUAGCGUCAAGAGCAACCACGACAUUGCACAGGCUGAACUCACAGAUGAACAAGCCAAGUUGACAGGCUUCGAUGACGAACUCCGCGAACUCGAACAAGCAAAAUCCAAAAAAUCAAAACAAAUCAGCGAAGAGGCGCUCGAAGCACAGAAACUCGGCCAUGCCGUAGAGAAGGCUCAGAAGGACGCACAGGCAGCUUCGCAAUUGGUGACCGCUCUGGAGAAAGAGCACGACUGGAUUGAAGACAACAAGGAUCAGUUCGGUCGGGCCGGGACACCGUACGACUUCCAAGGCAAGAAUCUUGCCGAGAGCCGGGCCACGCUGAAGAACGUGACGGAGCGUUUCCAGGGCAUGAAGAAGAAGAUCAACCCCAAGGUCAUGCCCAUGAUCGAUAGUGUCGAGAAGAAGGAAACCAGCCUGAAGAACAUGCUCCGAACGGUGAUUCGCGACAAGAAGAAGAUCGAAGAGACGAUUGUCACGCUCGAUGAGUACAAGAAGGAAGCUCUGGUCAAAACCUGGCGCAAGGUCACGGAGGACUUUGGCAACAUCUUUUCAGAUCUCUUGCCGGGCAACAACACGGCCAAACUUGUUCCUCUUGACGACGACAUCAAUCGAAUUCAGCAGGGCCUGGAGGUCAAGGUGUGCCUGGGCAAGGUAUGGAAGCAGAGUCUGACUGAAUUGUCGGGUGGACAACGAUCGCUUGUUGCGCUCUCGCUUAUCCUGGCAUUGCUGCAAUUCAAGCCGGCACCAAUGUACAUCCUCGACGAGGUGGAUGCCGCACUGGAUCUGUCGCAUACGCAGAAUAUUGGUCGCAUCAUCAAGACGAGGUUCACCGGGUCACAAUUUAUCGUGGUCAGCUUGAAGGACGGUAUGUUUCAGAAUGCAAACAGAGUGUUUAGGACAAGAUUCUCAGAGGGAACGAGUGUGGUGACUGUCAUGACGCCUGGGGAGAUCAAGGGAUAGUUGACUGGUGUUGUUUUUGGUCGCCUUGUGUUUGUGGCACGAUUUCUUGGAAAUUUGUUCGAGAGUACCUUGGUCUUUGGUUGCUUCGGGUGGGCAUGGGUAACGACUUGAUGAGCGUACGUGUUUGUAUAUUCUUUUUUGAUGGUCAGAUAAUGCUAUCCAUAUGGGUCAC